GGCGCCAGUACGACCACUGCUACAUGCUGUGUGACACCCAGCUAGCCGUGGUCAGGUGUCGCCGAGGCUCGCCCACUCUGGCUCAUCCUCCAUCUCACAUCUCUCGCGCUUGGCUUCGACUUUGCGUCAUCGACUGCCUUCCCACGGGCGAUAGGCUUCAACUGUUGCCUUGGCAUCUUCGGCAUGGAUCCCGAACGACGUCCACGGACAAGCACAGCUGAGACUCAGAGCCAUUCAGGCGGCCUAACACUGCCGUCAGAGGUCCUCACCGACAUCAUCGCCAGUGUUGAUCCGACAACGGCUCAAGGUCGGAAGGCCCUCGUCACUCUGCUCACGGUCUCUUCCUUCUUCUGGGAAAAGGCAUCACAGGUCCUAUACCGCGAUAUCCAGCUCGACAACGACAAGCUUUUCACGCUGCUCGCUGCCGGGCGAGAAACGAGUGAAGAUAAGGCGAGUCCUCACCGCUUCCAACAGAAGCUGAGUGAGCGAAGCGCACGCGCUCUGGGGUUUAUCAAACGCCUGGAGUUCCUCGCCCCCCUCUCGCUCGACUGUCUCCGUAUUAUGUUCGAUGAGGCAGGAGCAAAGGGAGCGACGCUGUUCGAGAACGUGCAACAGCUACGCAUCAUCUCAGACACCAACACUGCCGUCAAACAACUUGCGAAAGACGAUCCCCCGGACGACAUUGUCCUCUUCAACCGUCCCGAUGUGUGCUUGAGUGGGGAGGACAUCCCCGAAUACUUCCGCUGGCUCCCGCUUCGCGGCACAAGAUUUCUCGCCCACCACGGGGCUUUCACGGCAGACGCAAUGUGGUGGGUACCCCCCAGCUGGGAGUCGUUCAAGAUCUUCGACGCGUGCCCCGCACAAUUCCCAGCCGCCGAUCCGUCAGUCUGCAUCUUCUGGGCGGACGAAGUUCGGUUCAACCCGAAUCGCACGCCAAUAGACGUCUUCCUGGUCAUGGAGAAUGACGACGAGAAGGCCAAGAUCCAGAGGGGGAUCGACAUAAACCCCGACAAGCCCUUCCCAAGAGAAGAGCUGAGACUCCACUUCAUGACGCCCCGCGAGGAGGCUCCUCCGUGUCCAGUCUGCGGCGAGACCUGGCCACCCGAUAGCUACUGGCUCGAGCGGGGCAGCGAUAGGGAGGAUUGAUCGGCCACACUAUCAAGUCCAUGCAGGCUUCAAGGAUGAUGUCAUCUCCGACCAGCCCGACCAGCCCGACCAGCCACAUGGUCAGCAUACUGCGACGUCCGAAACGCCCGACAUCUUGGGCAUGCAUCCACACGGCGUGUCAGAUCAGAGCUCGUCCUCGUAUCCACCUCUGUCCGUUCGCCUGCAUGGCGUUGCCCAGCGAUGAUGCCCCUGGCCCAGAAAGCUCCACCGCCAUAUGUGCCUCGUUGUUUAGCGAUCGUGCAGGUGUCCAGCCAGUACUUGGACGGCAGGCAACCUUGGGUCGUCACCUUGACGACUGACACCCACUGGAACUGCGGACUGUGCACCUGUUGCGAUGUGUGUGAUGAGAGCCCCACGUUUGUGCGCGUGAAGGGUCGCGGCUGCCAGAUGGUUGCCGCUCUCGCUGCGUCUCAGAAACGAGGCUAAGGAUAGGUUUAAUGUCUCCCUCCCCGGCAGCAGAAGUACAAUUUGGGAGGGCUCUUUACCACCAGAUACCAUUCCUCAGCGAGGACUGGGGCCGCGGAUUGCAGUGAGAUAUGGACAGUACCCGCCUCAACCAGCUGUGUGAGGAGGUCGCGGUAUGUGUCGAACAUGGCGUCGGGGGUACCAGGGGUUCGAGGGCAUGAGAAGACAAUGGAACCAUCCGUCUUGCGUGGCACCCGGGCACAUGGCCGGCCAUAUGCACAGCUGCAGCAACCCUCAGAGCUGGGAGCAAGUGAUGCAAGGG